AUGACGGAGAGCACCAGCGGUGGAUUUUCUGCGCUCCAGGUGAUGAAGACUCUGGCGCUGUGCUCAGGCUACAUCGCGCUGAGCGGCGGUCUCAUCAACUUCAACAAGUACCUCAUGAAUAAAGCUCGCUUCCCGCACCCCAUGGCGCUCACGGCCAUGCACAUGACCGCCAGCCUGAUUCUCUGUUCGCUGGUGCUGCUGGUUCGGCCGUCCGCUAUGCCCAGCGUGGAGUCGUGCAAGGGGAAGCUUGCGAAGCUCUACAAGUACCUGGCACCCAUCGGCUUCCUGUUCGCGAUCAUGCUGUACGGCUCCAACAGGGCCUACCUGUACUGCAGCGUCGCUUUCCUGCAGUUCAUGAAGGAGGCGAAUGUCGUGCUCGUCUUCCUGUUCUCCGCGCUGGCUGGACUACAGCUCGUCAACCGCCAGCGCAUUGUCGUGAUCGCUUGGGUCAUCCUGGGCUCCUCCCUCUGCGUUCACGGGGAGCUGAACUUCGUGUUUCUCGGUUUCAUGCUGCAGGGCGUGUCCCAGCUUGCCGAGUGCGCGAGGGCCGUCGUUGCCGAGCUUGUGCUCACGGGCAGCGAGUUCAAGCUGGAUCCGCUGAGCUAUACUUUCUUCAUGGCCCCCGUGUGCCUCGUGGUUCUCGGCAUUGGCAACGCCGUCACAUGGGACCACUCCGUCAUCACCGACUUGGCGGUGUGGUGGCCGUACCUCAUUCCUAAUGCCUGCAUGGCGUUCUGCCUCAACGUGAUGAUCGCCCAGGUUAUCAAGCAGACCUCGGCGGUGGGAUUCAUCAUCACAGGAGUGGUGAAGGACAUCUGCCUGGUUGUCUUCUCCUCGGUGGUGUUCCACGAUUCGAUCACUAUGAGCCAGUGGCUCUCCUUCUCCGUUACGCUCAGCGGGGUCUUCUUCUGGUCGUUUAUGAAGGUCUUCCCAGAUCACCAGUUGGUGAAGCACUUCGAGACGAUAUUGGGUGUUGGCUACGGCCCAUUCCCAGGCAGCCCGCUGGGCAAGAAGGCGAUCGACAGCGAGGCUACGGCUCUGUUGGGGGAGAAGAAGGUCUGA